CCGGAUCGGGACUAUAUUCCUACAGUUCACGGCUCUCUGACGGAGUGUGGAUCCUCCUGAAAAACUUCAAGUAAAACAGGAGCUGGGAGCACACACACGAGAAGAUAUAUUAAGAAAGCAGUGUUUGGAGAUCUUUGAAAACACAAACCAAAACACCAGCCCCGAAGCCCCAACCCCUUGGCUAGCUCUUAUGGGAAUGAAACACUCCUCCCGCUGCCUGCUCCUAAGGAGGAAAAUGGCGGAGAACGCUGCCGACAGCACCGAGGUUUGCACCAUUCCACCUCAGCCUCCACAGCCGACUGUUGUUCCAAAGCCAGUUCAGUCUGUCAUACAUGUUCCAUUGCAACCAAGCUGCCCAGGACGAGGCAAGAUGGCAAAGCUCAUCAAUCCAGAAGAGAUGACAUCCAGGGAUUAUUACUUUGAUUCCUAUGCUCACUUUGGAAUUCAUGAGGAAAUGUUAAAAGAUGAAGUGCGCACAUUAACCUAUAGAAACUCAAUGUAUCACAAUAAACAUGUUUUUAAAGAUAAGAUUGUCCUCGAUGUUGGAAGUGGCACGGGAAUCCUCUCCAUGUUUGCUGCAAAGGCAGGAGCCAAGAAGGUAUAUGGGAUUGAAUGCUCAAGUAUAUCUGACUACUCAGAAAAAAUUAUCAAGGCCAACCACUUGGACAACAUAAUCACAAUAUUUAAAGGUAAAGUGGAAGAAGUUGAAUUACCUGUGGAUCAAGUAGACAUCAUCAUCAGCGAGUGGAUGGGUUACUGUCUGUUCUAUGAGUCAAUGUUAAACACAGUCAUCUUCGCACGAGACAAGUGGCUGAAACCUGGAGGGCUAAUGUUUCCAGACCGAGCUGCUUUGUACGUGGUAGCAAUUGAAGACAGACAGUACAAGGACUUCAAAAUUCACUGGUGGGAGAAUGUGUACGGCUUUGACAUGACCUGUAUUAGGGAUGUUGCCAUGAAGGAGCCCUUGGUGGACAUAGUAGAUCCAAAGCAAGUGGUGACCAAUGCCUGCUUAAUAAAGGAAGUAGAUAUAUAUACAGUGAAGACUGAAGAACUGGAAUUUACUUCUGCAUUCUGCCUCCAAAUUCAGCGCAAUGAUUACAUUCAUGCUUUGGUCACCUAUUUUAAUAUUGAAUUUACGAAGUGCCACAAGAAGAUGGGAUUUUCUACAGCACCUGAUGCUCCUUAUACUCACUGGAAGCAAACUGUCUUCUACUUGGAGGACUAUUUAACUGUGAGAAGAGGAGAAGAAAUUUAUGGGACUAUAUCCAUGAAACCAAAUGCAAAAAAUGUGCGUGACCUGGAUUUCACCGUAGACUUGGAUUUUAAAGGACAGCUAUGUGAAAUGUCAGUAUCUAAUGACUACAAAAUGCGUUAGCAAGAAACCUUUCACAGAGAUGAAAAGGAGAAUUUUAUCACGUCUUGAACUGCUGAGCUUCAAGCUAGGAACAACUGUUCACAAGAUUAUUAUAUUAAAUACUAGAAUGUUUACUCUGAUGGAGGGUGGUAACCUGAUCUUUCUUGCAGAUAGUACAGGGGGCUGGGAUCCCACUGUGAAUGUACAGUAUACAGAACUGUAGCUUUUGUUAAACAUAGGAAAAAAAAUAAGCAACAGUCUUGAGUGUUCUGGUUCAUAUUAGGAUGGCAGAAGAUGCAUAUACAAAUUGUAUUACUUACUGUGAAUUUCUGGUUCUUCCAAGCUUUGCAUGUUAAAAGAUGAUUAGGGCAGUUUUCUCACUAUGAAAGACUACUACAGCACAUUACUGUGAUAGUAUUACUGGACUUAUAUUCAAUAUAAAUGAAUAUAUAUAUUGUACAUGAGGAAAAAGUCAUUUCAUAAUAGGACUUUGUUUUGUGAUUAUUUAAUUCUCAUUAUGCAGUUAUGGAAAGAUAAUGAUGUUACCUCUGGCACUACUCUAGGCAGUGAUAUAUUCCAUUAACUGUCCAAUGUUACAGCUUUGGUAAAUAUUCCAUGCAAAGUGUAGAUAAGAGCUGGGCAUUUACAGGAAGUUCAACAACUAUAUUUUUGAAUGUCCUCUGAAAAUGUGGACCAUUAGUUUUGAAAUUCACCUUCACAACUGGAUGUCUGUCAGAGCUUUAAACAACAUUAGCUUUUUAUCCUUGAAAAUAUUCUGUGGUGAGUUUUUAUAGCUGGAUUUUGCAUGAGACUUUCAGAAAUCAGACACCUAGUAUUUAAAUGUGAUGAAUGCAAAGUCUCUGAAAUGGUGGAUAAUUCAUGCUUCUUGGCCAUGCCAUAUUUCAGUUCUUUGCA